GAGAGUGAGAGAGACAGAGAGAGAGGGAGGGAGAGGGCAGUAUGUAAUCACCCACACCUACGACCACACACACCUACUGUACCUGGACCACCCUGGCCACGAGGGGCGCUGGUGGGUUGGCAGGCUGGCGGUGGUAGCGGCGGUGACAGCGGCGCCCAGAUGAUAGCCAAAAAGAAGCGAGGCGGGGAAAAUGGCGGCGGCGGAGGAGGAGACGGGGGUGGCGGCGGGACCGGCAUGACGAAGGAAGAGGAGGAGGCCAAAGUGAGACAGCUUUUCACUACUGAGGACUACGAGGAGACACGCUGCGGCCUGGGUCCCUGCACUCCCUCGUGGCUGCAGAGGUUCGCCACGAAGGAGAUGUACAUGUUGGUGUACUGCCUGGUGGGGGUGACGCAGGGCAUGUUCUUCACCUACAGCGUCUCCGUCAUCUCCACUAUUGAAAAGAGGUUUAAGCUGAAGAGUAAAGAGACUGGUAUCAUUCUCGCGGGCAACGACAUCUCUCAAGUGUUGCUCGCCAUCUUCCUGAGUUACUAUGGCACCUUCGGACACCGCCCCCGCUGGCUUGCCGUGGGCGCGCUCUUCACCGCCGCCUCGUGCUUCACCGCCUCCCUCCCGCACUUCUUCUACGGGGCGGGCACGGGCGCGGAGGCUGUGAUGGCCGCAGUGUCAGCUUCCAACGCGACAGGCUCCAAGUCCGCGGAGGAGCUGUGCCACACGGGGAGCAAAGAAGACUGCAGCGACAACUACCGCGGCUCGGAAUACGUGGGCGUCAUGAUCAUGCUGUUCCUGUCGCAGUUUUUCGUGGGCAUCUCCAUCAGCCUCUUCUACAGCAUCGGCGUCUCUUACCUCGAUGACAACAUCAACAAGAAGACCUACCCGCUUUACUACACCCUGACCAUCCUGCUGCGCAUCCUGGGGCCCGUCCUCGGCUUCAUGCUGGGAGCGCGCAUGCUGUCCUACUGGAUCGACCCCUCCAAGGAACCCAACAUCUCCAAGAAGGAUCCGCGGUGGCUGGGCGCGUGGUGGCUCGGCCUCGUGUUCCUGGGCGCGGCUCUCGUGGUCUCUGCCAUCCCUCUCUUCUUCUUCCCGCGCAAGCUACCGGCGACGCUGAGGCGGGAAGGCAAGAGGUAUCUGCGCCAGGCCGAGAAGAACCGAAAGGCGGGAGGCACCAAGGGGCCGAUGCACUACCGCGCCCUCCACCACAACAAGAAGGAGCAGGCCAAACCUACCAUCAAAAACCUCGGCAAGGCCCUGAAGCGGCUGUUCACUAACAAGAUAUGGUUCGGAUACCUGUUCAGCAGCACCGUCACCCUGCUGGCGCUCUCCGGCUACUGGAACUUCAAACCCAAGUACCUGGAGAACCAAUUCAGGAAGAGCGCCACAGAGGCCAACUAUUACACGGGUAUGGCGAGCCUCGUAGUGUCAGUAGUGGGGUCGGUGGUGAGCGGGUCGGUGAUGCGGUGGGGGCGUCCCGGGCCGAGGCUGGUCACCGGCUACAACAUCUUCAUCACCCUCGUCAGCUGUGUGGGUUUCGUCAUCCUCAUGUUCCUAGGUUGCCCCAAGCUGGAUGUGGUGGGCCCGGUGCAGGGAGCCCUGCCGCCCGCGUGCUCUGCCGAUUGCGAAUGCUCUGCGAAGUUCACACCAAUCUGCUCCCAGGACGGCCGGACUCUCUUCUACUCUCCGUGCUACGCUGGCUGCCUGGCGGACAACAUUACGGCAAAACCUGUGGAGUAUAGUCAGUGCAAAUGUAUAGACAUCAACGCUAAGCCCCACAACACGUCUCAUAUGGGCUGGCCCCCGCCGCCGACCACACUGCCGCCGCACCGCACCGACAUCCUGAUGCCGCCCGAGGAGUGGGGCACGGCGCAGCGCGGGUACUGUCCCGAGCCCUGCAACGCCUUCUUCUACUACUUACUCACCCAGAUCAUCAUCAAGACCAUCUCCUCCACGGGACACAUCGGCGCCAGCAUCGUCUUGUUGAGGGCCGUGUCUGAGGAGGACAAGGGCUUAUCUCUGGGCGCCAUGACAGUGUUCAUCAGCCUCUUCGCCUUCAUUCCUGCACCAAUCAUCAUGGGCGCUAUUAUUGACUCGGCUUGUGUGGUAUGGGAGACGUCCUGCGGUGUGACGGGCAACUGUUGGCUCUACGAUUCUGAUCACUUCCGUCGAGUCCUGCAUCUGGUGCCUGCAGUGUUGCUGUUCAUCUCUAUUGGUGGAGAGUUCAUCGUUUUCCUGAACAGUCACAAGCUCGACCUGUACGGCUUGAAAGACGACGAGGUGGAGGACGACGAAGAGGAGGACGGGAAGAAGAAGCUGGACGAGGUGGAGGAUUCAGAGGAAGGCGUCCCGCUGAAGACAGACUCGCUCGUGUUAGGUGUGAUGGCAUAGCGAAGGAGAGGUGGAAGUAACUCAGGUAUAAAUAGGUGUAUAUAGGCAGGCAGUCGUUUUAACACACACACACACACACACACACACACACACACACAUACACACAAUUAUUAUAAUACCGAGCUACCUACUAUUUUCGUAUCAUCUAAGCCGCUCAAGCUAUUUUUGAUUUCGGUAAUAAAUUUUAAAGUAU